CCGGCCUACGGUUCCCGACGCGUCUCUCGGCUGGCUGGACCACGCCCCGCGAGGGACCGGCCCCGCCCCCGGCUCCGCCCGGCCCCCUUCUCCGCGCAUGGGCAGAGCCGCUGUUUGUCCGCGCCCGGCUUGGCCUAGUACGGCCUGGCCUAGCACAGCCUGGCCUGCGGCUAGAGGGGCCCGGGCCCGGCCCGGCGCUGAGCGGGGCCCGGCCCGGCCCGGCCCGGCCCGGUCGGGGCAGCCUCGGCCCGCCGGUGGCGGCUGAAGAUGCGGCGGUACCUGCCGGUAGCCCGGCAGCACUUCCUGGCGGCGCUGGCCGGCACCAGCGUGGUGGUGAAGUCGCUGAGCGCCGCCGUCCUCCUCCUGUACCUGCUGUCCUUCGGGCUGGACACGGCCUAUGGCCUGGGAGUGACCCCCGGUUAUCUCCUGCCCCCCAACUUCUGGGUCUGGACGCUGCUGACGCAGGGGCUAGUGGAGGAGCGGGCCUGGGGCCUGGCGGCCAGCCUGGCCACGCUGGGUGCGGCUGGCCGGCUGCUGGAGCCCCUCUGGGGCGCCCUGGAGCUGCUUGUCUUCUUUGCCGUGGUGAAUGUCUCGGUGGGGCUCCUAGGGGCCCUCGCCUACUUCCUCACCUACGUGGCCUCCUUCCACCUCCCCUACCUGUUUGCCGUCCGCAUCCACGGCGGGCUGGGCUUCCUCGGGGGGGUCUUGGUGGCCCUCAAGCAGACGAUGGGGGACAGCACCGUCCUGAAGGUGCCCCAGGUCAGAAUGAAGGCUGUCCCCAUGCUCCUGCUCCUUUUCCUGGCUCUGCUGCGGCUUGCUGCCCUCAUCGAGAGUAAUCUACUGUCCUCGUACGGUUUCGGGCUCCUCUCCAGCUGGGUCUAUCUGCGUUUCUACCAGCGGCACAGUAGAGGCCGUGGAGACAUGUCCGACCACUUCGCCUUUGCCACUUUCUUCCCUGAGAUCUUGCAGCCCGCAGUGGGUCUGGUGGCCAACCUGGUGCAUGGCAUUCUGGUGAAGGUGAAGGUCUGCCGCAAGACAGUGAAACGCUAUGAUGUGGGCGCUCCAUCAUCCAUCACCAUCAGCCUGCCGGGGACAGACCCCCAGGAUGCUGAGAGGAGAAGGCAGCUGGCCCUGAAGGCACUGAACGAGCGACUGAAGCGUGUGGAGGACCAGUCAGCCUGGCCUAGCAUGGAGGACGACGAGGAGGAGUCGGGGGCAAAGGCUGACAGCCCGCUGCUGCCCGAGCCCAGCGCAGCCGGGAAGGGUGCCAGCCAGGAGUCCAGCCUCAUCACCUUCCAGGAUGCACCGUCCCAGCUGUGACCGGCUGACACACCGCCCCCCGUUCCCUACCCCAUCUCCAUUGGGGAGCUGCUAACCCCCCUCGUGUCCCCCACACACAGCCAGGACGCUCAGCCGGGAGUGGGGACUCCUCCCAUGGCAGAGGCAGGGGGGCUACCUCAUUCCAAUGCUUCGUGGCCACUUGCAGCCUGCACCAGGCGCCCAGGACAACAACGCUGCCACCACCACAAGGACAGGGGGUCCACAAGCUGCUCCCCUCGGUGCAGGGCAGGCUGUGGACCUUGGCUCUGGGAGGGGGACAUAGGGGCUGCCCCUGCCCCGAGGCCGCUGUGCUUGCCCAUGGAGGGGCGAAGUCAGCAGCACUUCCUCACUUCUCUGCACCGGGCCAGAGCGUUCAACACUUACUUCCUCCUUUCUGAAGGUAGUUUUGUCCCUAACCAAGUGAGUGGGAAGACCAGCAGGUUUCUUUUCCAAAACCCUUUCCCCUGGGGAGCCUCCCUGCACCCCAGCAGGAGCUCACCGUUACAGGCGGGAGAUUUGCCAGGUGGGGGGACAGACAGCUGGGCAGGAGAGGACUGUCCAGUACUGCACAGCGGUGGUCUGGCACCGCCAGCCCUGGUCUUUGCACGUGGGGGGUUCUCUCCUCCUCCCUCUCCUGACCCCAGAGCCACCCCACUAGGAGCCAGUGCCCUUGGCUGCUCCCCAGCUAAUCUGUUGGGCAGAUUACACUAGAAGAUGGAAUUAAUUUCUACGGUGGGGUUCUUGCUGCUUCCUCCGGGAGCAGGUUUUCUCUCCUGUGGGUAGAAUACGGGCUCCCUGUUGUCUUUUCCUUUGUGUUGAUGGGCGCUUUUUUUUUUUUUUUUUUUUUUUGGGAUAAAGAGGAUGCUCCCUGCAACAGCCUCCUCACAGCUUCUGAUCCACCGGGCAACCCCAGCCUGAGAUGCAGGUUAAUGAUGUUGUCAUUAUUUUUUUAAAGGACCACAAAAGACAGUUUUGUCAACCAGGAAAAACCAGAUGUUUCAGUAUCAAUAAAGGGUUCUCUGAAAUCA